AUGGAACAUAGUCGCGUCCCUCACCAGGACCCCGACCGCGUGGCCACGAUGUACGGCGAACUAGGCAAUAAAUUGGUCCAACACGCCAAACGCACCCAAUCCCUCGCUCACCUCCCCCCUUACCAAACAGAAAUUGUGCGCGCGGUGACACGCGAAGUCCGCGAUCUCGACCGCGAUGUCACCCGCCUUCUCGAACCCUUCGAGGGGGGGUUCAACCCCUCGGCCGACCCAGCUAUCGCGUGCGCUCUGCUAGUCGACCAUCUGUGCAUGCGCCGGAACAAGCGCUGUCUGCUCGCAUACCAUCGUGUGCGCACCGAGAAGCUAGAAGAGCUGUGCUGGACCGGCGUGGAUAUCCUGGAGCAGCAGCAGCCGUCCGACGACAGUGGGGCGCCUCAGCAUACGGCUCUUGGGUUCAGCGGGCACAGCUCGCUGAGUCCCGAGGAAGAAGAGUACUUCCGUCAAUAUGGAGAUAUGCUGGCUGCGUACAAGGGACAAUGGACAGAUGUUGAUCUGACAGGGACAUUGGAACCGCCGAAGGACUUGUUUAUUGAUGUGCGGGUGUUGAAGGAUGCUGGGGAAAUUCAGACUGAAUACGGGUAUGUGCUUUCUGAUUUCGUCGAGGGAUCCGGGCAGUGGCUAAUUGGGGGGUCUUUCAGUGUGAUCAACUUGACAAAGAACAGUCAACUGUAUGUUCGGCAGGGUGAUGUGGAGCGGCUUAUUGCUCAGGGAUUUCUGGAGCAAUUGACUUGA